CCUGCAUAUAUGGCGUUUGAUAGGUGAACUCCUUGUCACAGUAUUGAGAAAAAAACAACGGAAAGUAUCGUUCAAAAAUGAAGAAACGCGCGUUUAUUUGUUUUUUCGCUUUGGCGAUUUUCUUUAAGUUCACGUACUGUUAUGACACAAAGAAAUUCACGUUGAACAUGCCAAACAUGAAACCGAGCACAACCGAAUCGUUUUUAUGCGCUCCGUUUAAAGUAGACUCUGCAAGGAAUUAUUAUGUUACUGGUUUCGAUAUGAAUUCAACCGCACGAAGCCAUCAUAUGACCAUCUACGGUUGCACGAAACCAGGAAGUUCAAAGUCAGUUUGGGAAUGUGGACAACAGUUUUAUGAUAAUCCUGGUGUAGAUACUCCUCCUUGUGCGGAAGGACCUCAGAUUAUGUAUGGAUGGGCAGAAGAUUAUUUCGGUCUGCCAGAAGGUGUGGGUUUUAAAAUAGGCGGCGAUUCUCCCGUCCAGUAUAUCGUAUUGCAAGUGCAUUACUCAGACCCCAAAGUCUUUAAGAUGAAUGACAGAACAGAUACUGAUGUACAUCUGUAUUAUACUACGCAAAGAAUGGACAAGCAGGCCGGAGUUAUUGUGUUAGCAUCAGGCGGUUCCAUACCGGCAGGCAGAACGACAUACCUGGAAUCGGCUUGUUCCAUAAAAGAGUAUAAGACUAUUCAUCCAUUCGCAUAUGCAACGCAUACCCAUUCGCUCGGAACAGCCACGUCCGGCUACGUAGUGAAGCCGAAUAACAAUUGGAUUGAACUCGGUAAGAAAGAUCCACAGGAACGUAAGACGUUUUUGCCCGUUACCUACAAAACUUCAAUCACGUAUGGUGAUACGUUGGUUGGCCGUUGUACGAUGAAAAGUACACGCGAUAGGACUACGUACGUAGGCAAAACAGAACAAGAUGAAAUGUGUCGCUAUUAUAUCAUGUAUUAUGUCGACGAAGGCACUCCGCUUAACCAAAAAAUUUGCUAUACCCCUGAUGCUGUGUAUUAUUCAAAGGAAGAGUAAUAUUCCUGACAAAGAGGCAUCUAAUUUAUAAUAUAAUCAAUUUUUAUAAUAUACUAUAUAAUAUAUAUCAAUAUUAUAAUAUAUGUAUAAUGUAAUAUAUAUCAAAUAUCUAAUAUGUAAUUAUCUUUUAAUUGCACAUAAAACAAGGCCAAAAUGUUCCAAAGCGCUGAUACACUAUGCUUCUCAAACGCAGCGAUUUAUAUGUUUUAUGAUAAAAGAAGUUUAAACUGAUCGAUACCUGUAAAUUCGCUUGUUCUUAUUGUUUUACAAUAUUCUUAACUACAGUUCUUAAGACGGUUUUGAAUGUAUGCAUAAUUUAUUUUCAAAUAUCGUGUUUUAUCCAAAUGAAACAAGUUAUCAUGUACAUGUAUGUUAAAGCGUUAUGCAAUCACAUAUAUGACACAAAAAGGUAACCUUCGGUCUAGUUUCAAUUAAUAUUUAUUAUUACGUCCAUAUAAUUUGAAAAAAUUGGAGAUUUAAAGACAUUGUUACAAUUGCAUGUGUUAUGUAUAAAUCCUGAUUUAUUUUAAAAACUAAUUAGUAAGUAUAAUACUUAGAAUUUUAGAAUCACAUGCAUUUAAAUAAUUCCAUCACUAAUUUUAAAUAGCAUAACCGUUUACAAACUGAUUCAUUAAACAUACUAAAUAUGUAUGUGACGAGAGAAUACUACGGUCAAAUGUUACGAAGUCUUUUCAAUAUCUCCUCUGGACUAUACUAUAAGAAGUUUAAGAAUGUCUUGGAGACUGCACAAGUGUUAAAUAAAGAGAUAUAAAUACAAUUAUGUAGCGUAAUUUUUCGGCGAUAUCAUUUACUAUAUUAUUUUAAGAGUAAAUAUAAUAUUUAUUUUCGAUUAUGUUAAACUGACAGUUACCUCUGAGAAAAGAUCUAAUUAUGAAACAUGUAUUUCAAUAAAUAACGCGCAAAAGUUGU